CCCCCAUCCACGCCCACCUCCAUAGACGCCUCCAAUCUAUUUGCCUUUGUUUUCCUGUUUUCAUAGAGAAUUUUCCAACCGCACAUUUGUUUUUCCACGAGAAUGAGCUCCUGGCGCGAGAGCCUGACCAGCAUUCCUGGCUCUGUGGCGCAGUUCAUCAACGAGAGCGCCAGCAGCUACCUCCACCAGCAGCCAUCAACAGUUGGCCGAGCUGACUCCGAUGGCGGUGGCUCCGAGGAGAGUGCCCCCCAAGGGGAGUACCGGGCUCUGCCCAUUCCCGCCUCCCUGGUGCGGGAGCAGUGGCGUCUGAUUUUCACCAGCGAUGCCAACAACCAAGACCUGCAAGAGGCUAUUGCGCACUGCAAAGAUCUGGUCCUGCUCAGCGAGGAGCUGAGCGAAGAGCGGCGAUGGCUUGUCAGGCAUUUAGUGGACCUGCGCUAUUCCCUGCAGCAGCUGGAGGAAGCCCAAGAGGCACACCAGUCCCUUCCUUCCGACAUUGUGGUCAUGGACGCCAUACGGGCUGUUGUCGGUCAUCACUUCGUGCCCCAUCAUCCACACCACGGAAAGCGGAGCCGUCUGCAGGCAGCCACCAAGAGGAACUACUGUGACCACUGCACUGCAAUCAUCUGGAGCGUUGUCCAGGCUUCGUAUGUGUGCAGCGACUGUGGCUACCUAGUCCACCAGAAGUGCAUCGACAGUGUCAAGCGGGUGUGCGCCCAUGUCCUCGUCUCGGAACGUCAAUAUCCCAUCUCUGAGAUUUGCCCGGAGAUCGGCUUGGCUGCCCAGGGAUACAAAUGCUCCGAGUGCGGAACGCCAUUGAAUCUAAAGAGCUCCUGGAUCGAGCCACGGUUGUGCGACUACAGUGGACUUUACUUCUGCCCUCGGUGCCACUGGGGAGAUAGCACCUUUAUCCCCGCCCGCGUCAUCCACAACUGGGAUUUCUCACCUCGCCGGGUCUCACGUACGGGUCUUCAAGAGAUCCGACUGUUCCUUAACAAGCCCCUAAUCCGACUGGAGGAGGACAACCCCAAGCUCUUUGUUUUCGUGGAGAAGCUGUGUACUGUGAAAAAACUUCGCCAGAACCUUGUUCACAUGCGCCACUACCUGUCCGCCUGCAGGAUGGCUACCGAACAGAAGCUUGUGGAUCAGCAGCUGGGCGGCAGACGCCACUUGUCCCAGUCCAAUGAAUUUUACUCCCUGAGCGACCUGAGCCAGGUGGAGACCGGAGCUCUCGCGGAGUUUCUGCAGGCCGUGUUCAAGACCUUCAACGAGCACAUCAGAUCCUGCCCCAUGUGCCUGGCGCAGGCCUACAUCUGUGAGAUUUGCAGCAACAACGAGGUGAUCUUCCCCUUUGACGACGGCUGCAUCAAGUGUGAUCAGUGCAACUCCAUCUUCCACCGGGUUUGCCUGACGCGCAAGAAUAUGAUCUGCCCAAAAUGCACUCGCAUCCAGGAACGGCGCCUCCAGCUGGACCGCAUGAGGAGCACGGAGGAUGACGAAGAUGCCACCGACGACGAUGUGACGACUAAAGAAGAAUAAUCUAUAGAAUUUUAGAUUCAAUUGUGUCGUGCCGGUUUUUAAUAUGUUAUCAUAUGUACAUAAGUAAAACUAUAGCUAAUAUUAACUGUC